GGACACUUCCGUUGAAAAGUGCGCGUUUGUGAGGUGCACAAUUGGGUGUUAUAAAAGAAAAUUUUAUUAAAAAUAAGGAAAUAUAACAUUUUGUGUUAAAAAUUUGUUUUAUAAAUAUUGCCCAACGACUUACUGUGCAUUUAAACACCGAAUUCAUGAAAAUUUGUUGGCAGAAUUAGUAUAUUGGAAGCAUUUAAAAAUAUCCCGAAGUGAUUUUUCACUUCUCUUAUUUUGCCUUUUGCUUUAGUUCGAAAUUUUCUGUGUUCACUUUGUUCUGAGCUUUCGCGUUUUUUGUUUAUUCAUUUAACGCUAGUGCAUUUCGACAAUACUACCGGCGAUGAUAGCAAAAACAUGAAUAUUAACACCUGAAGAACUUUGGAUACAAGUUGACGAUUUAUUUCAAUGUCUAGUUCAGUGUUUAUUGAGAGUUGUACCAAAGCCUUCAAAGGCGGUAUAAGAUCUGAAAAUGAUGUUGCGAUUUCAGGUUCUCCCGAUUCGAAUUUGGUGGUGGUAUAUGGUAAAAAUGGAGUCAAUUUUGAUAAACGUGGCAUAGAAAAUCUGAUUGAGGAAAAAACUUUGUCCUCUAUAAGUGUUAUUCGAUUGGGCUCCCCAACGCCUAGUAUGUUGGAUGAAGAAGAAGAGGCUGAAAAAGCAGAAGAACUUUUACGUAGGCAAGCUGAAGGAUUAUCUGACAAUGAAUCAAGUAAAACUAGCAAUAAUGGCUCAAGUGUAGAGGGCGGAGAAUAUUCUGAAAGUGAAGAUGUGCCUACGGCCGAUGAUGAAAAGAGUGAUGCUGAUGGUGAAAAUUCUGCAGACAAUGGUAAAUUGGAACACCACAAAAAGAAACAAAAAAAUAGGCGAAAGAUUCGCAGUACUACUAAAACACAAAAUAUUCGAAGCAAAAAACACAAGGAACGCCCAGAUAUUAUUGGUCUCACCGUGGAACAGUUUUAUCCGGGAAUAUCUGCAAAAGAAGUUGUCAAAGAAGCUCUAAAACUCGCAGGUGUGUCAACAUUUAAGAAAACGGCUGAUUAUGAAUUCCAAAUGUAUGUUAUUAAGAACGAUCACUGCUACACUCCAUUUACUUCGCCUGCACAAAUGAAGGCAAAACUUGCCGAAAAGUAUAAAGCAGAAAAGCUUGCAGGACGUAGAAUCAUUCCACAUACCGCCGUAACUAUGAAGCAAUUACAAUUGAAAAAGAAAGUCAUGGAUGGUUCCAAUGAUCAUUUAGAUCAAUCUUCAUUAAAUUUGAAUAAAGAUCAACAUAUGCAAAUGUUAAAUAAGUCUGUUAAGUUUCAUAAACAGGCUGAGAGAGAUGAACUACUUGAUGGCGAAACCGACAUACAUAGUUCAACGGCGGAAUCUGACUUUGAUGUACUUAGCGAGGAAUCUGGGGAUACUGAUAAUGAUCGUGACAGUGAUUUGGACUUUAAUGUUAACAACAGAAAAGGUCGAAAGAAAAAAGAUCUUGUUACGAAAGCAAAAAGACUGUCUGCUGGUAAAGUAUGUGUCAAACGUAUUAUUACAUCGCAAGAUGACGGCGAUGAACAGCGCAAUAAGAGCUCACGACCAAUGACCAAUAAUUUGAUUAAUCGUGCAACUAAAAUUGGACCCAUUACCAAACCAGGAGGUUGUGCUCCAAUAGCUGUGCAGAAAUUACUUUCAGAUGCUGUUGCUGCAUUACCUCCUAUUCCAAAGAGGCCUGCCGCCGUACAAUUGGAAGAAAAAGUGAUGCCUACGACGAGUCGAGCACAAACUAUACCUAGUGCUAUACGUAGAGGUCCUACAAUUGAGAUACAACAUGGCAUACAAAAAACUCCAAUCGGUCGUACUCAUUUGCAAGCAUCUCCACAGUCUGUAAAAGAGAUCGUUAUCAAUAAGGUUAUGGCUAGUCCCAAAGGAGGUUUUACCGAAUUGGGAGAAUUGUUAUCUCAGACAGAGGCAAAACCCGCGAGGAUAACGCCGAUUACACCAACUAGCAGCAAUAAAGCUCCAAUAAAACCAGUGAAAAUACCAUCCCCUUCAAAAGGUUUUAUGCCUCUGGGUAUUGAAACUGCUGCCAAAAAUAAACUGCCCAGCCAAAUUUCAAUUCAAACUCAUCAAAGUUCUUCAGAACUUGCAAAGAGUAGAAUUACCAUGGAAUCACUGCCACCUGUUCAACAGAAUGUUACACCACGGCACGAAUCUGCAACGCAAUAUACUGAAAAGGAACCAAGUUCAUCUGAGUUAGCGUCUGAGCAUUUUGAUCUCAUCGAUUCUAUUGUAAACGACGAAAUGCAAAAGAGUUCUUUGAUGGAAGUGACCUCGAAAUCAAAUGAAAAUAUACCAAAACUUGUAAAAAUGUUAGAGAAUGCCGAACAAUCAUUGGAAUCAAAUGCCACAAACUCCCAAAUAGACAACAAUCUGUCUAAUUUCGCUUCAACUGCAGAUGGACAUGUAGACGAUAUUGACAUCUCUAACGCACCACUUUUAGAAUCGCCUGACGGCGUCGACAUACCGGAAGAUUUACUUCAACAUGUUGUAGAUCUCAUAGAAGAUGAAGAAACCUUGCAAGAAGCUGUUGAAAAGCAAGUUUUUGGUGGAGAUCACAACGAAGAAGACACUGGUAUUGAUACAGCUGAAGCAGCUAAGACAGUGCCCACGACAACAGGAACACUUCAGCUAACAACUACACAUAUAUCGACUAUGCCGGAACCGAAUCAGGGGAAGAGCAUUAUUGAAAUGGCCAUAUCUAACGUAGCCUCAACUUCGAUUGGAAUAAGUGGUACAGGCGUUGACAUGCCUGUCUUCGUGACCAAUGUACCAACUACUCAGCCAAUGCCGUCACCAACUAUUCGUAAGGAACCAAUAAAAAUUGUACGUGGAAACGGUCGUGUCAUCACUUUGCCGCCAAUUGAAGCGCCGACAACGCGUGCAAAGCGUAGAGCGCAAAAUCAACCCGCAUCAUCUGCAUCUUCCAGUACAAUAUUUAAUGAAUCAUCUCUAGAUAGUUCGCUGCAAUCGAAUUCCUCGUUUACUACGAUUGAACAUGUACCUCCUCCUUCGAGUUCGGUUGAUAAGAAAAACGAGGUUGCCAGCAAAAGACGAGUUUCCAAAGAGUUGGCAACUGGCGGAAACAAUACCAGCAAAGCCAAAAAAGCUGGAACUUCAACAAAGAAAAGUACAGCAGCCAAAAAUGUUGCCAAUAAAUCUGGAGCAGAAGAGGAGGCUUCCGGUUCUCAAGAGGACGACGACGAUCCCAAUAGGCUUUGGUGUAUAUGUCGACAGCCGCAUAAUAACAGGUUUAUGAUUUGCUGUGAUGUCUGCGAAGACUGGUUCCAUGGCACGUGUGUCAGCAUCACGAAAGCAAUGGGAAUAGAAAUGGAACAGAAAGGCAUUGAUUGGACUUGUCCGAAAUGUGUGAAACUACAAGAGGAAAAGAAGCAAAGGAAAAUUACUGACAUGCUCAUUCCAAGGAAAAUUAAUGCGGAGGUCGCAAUUCCAAAACAGGAGCAUAAUGAAAUCACCACCAAAGAAGAUACAACAUCUGUCAAUAAUUUAGACACAAGCGUUACAGAUUCAUCAUUUGAGAAUUUGUUGGACAUAACACAAACAUCAGAUACCCAGAAAUUGCAAAUGGAGGAUGUAACGCCAAUGAAAACAACAUUAAAGAAAGUAACAAAAACAACUGCAAACGCAAUGAAAAAGAAGCCAACGACUUUGAAUGUAAGACCAAAGGAGGUGAACACUCCCGUUGCACAAACAAAGCGUCGACUACCAGUUUCGCAGCAGCCGUUCAAACAUCAAGUGGAAUCCGCGAAAUCACCCUUAGUAGUGCACUCUGCAAAUAGCGCUCAGCAAAUGUUCAAAGAGCUACAAAAGCCAAUUCAAGUCGAAACAAUUUCAACUGAGCCACAAACAUUCUGCAUUGUCUGCAAGAAAGUAGCACGACCGAAUUCCAUAUAUUGCAGUGAUGAUUGCAUUCGAAAGCAUGCUCAGAAUGCUCUUAACAUGUUUGCAGCCGUUUCAUCAGCUAAAUCCCCAGAGCCGACCGUCCCUGCCAACACUAUUGAAGAUGCUGCCCUAAAGAAGAAGAAGUCGAAAGGUCUGUUUGAGGACAUUCUCUCCAUGGCCGACAGGAAGCCGAAAAUUGAACGGGUGCAUGUGAUUGAGCGGAAGAGUGGUCGUGUCUUAACUGGAAGCAAUGCACCUACAACUCAUAAUCUGAAGAAAUGGCUGCAAGAUAACCAAACAUUUGAGGUAGUGCAGCCGGGAAGCUUUCAAGCUCAAGAAAUUGAGAAAAAACAGAAACAACGUCAAACACAAUCACAAUCCCCGAUAGUUAUCACCACCGUUAGUAAACAUAUCACACAUGCGCCGGUAAGCACACAUAUGCAAAUAACUCAGACUCCACAUGGUAUAAGUACAGUCGUGGUUAAAGCGUCCACAUCGCAAAAAGAAGCUGAGUUGAAUGUACAAGGGCAAAAGCCGGUGAAGCAAUUGAUUGAACAAGUCGUGAAAGCUGGACCAAAUAGUCCCCGACCCGGCACGCCCAAGCAAUUGCAAAAGUACCCUCAACAAGUUUCUAUUAAACCUGAUAAGACGGUACGUAACGAUGCAAGAGACGAAGUAAAGGAUCGAAAGGAAAAAGCAAAACAACGACCAAUAGCUGAAACCCUCUCAAAGCGCCAUUCUGACAUUGCUCCAUCCGUCAGCACCAACUCUGAGCCAAUUCGUUUAAAUGUACGUCGUACUCUGAAAGAACAGUUGCUGCUGCGCAUGAAUGAAACAGGAACCGAAAGUGAUAAUUUCAGCGGCACUGGUGGUACGUUACCCAAAUUAAGUAUAGAGGAGAUAGAAAAAUUUGUCCAGGAAACCGAGGCGGAAAUGUACGAUUACUUCAGUCGAGAUACCGGCUCUCGUUAUAGAGCUAAAUAUCGAUCACUGAUGUUCAACAUUAAGGAUAGAAAGAAUCGUACGCUUUUUGCGAAGAUUUGUGCCAAUAAAAUACAGCCCAAACAAUUAGUUCGCAUGUCACCAGAGGAGUUAGCUAGUCAGGAGUUGGCGCAAUGGCGCGAGAAUGAAGCAAAGCAUCAGUUAGAAAUGAUAAAGAAAUCGGAGCUUGACUUGCUUUCUUGUGCUAAAAAUUACGUUUUGAAAACCCAUAAAGGGGAGGAAGUGAUUGAGGGCAAAUUGGAGGAUUGUGUAAAUUUGGACUCUAGCAUACCUGUUGAAGAUGUAGUGUCUGUAUUGAACAAAUCAGUUGUCAGCAGUAGCAGUGCUUCAGAUCUCGUUAAGUCUGAUUUCGAUCCGAACUCGUCUAUUGACUAUCAACAUAGCAGUGAAAUCCAAGGAACCAAAGGCAGCAGUCACUUGGAUGAGGAGAAGCAAAAAAGUCACUUUAAAGAAAAGGAUAGGGAGCGAGGCCGCGAAUGUGAAAGAGAUCGAAAUCGAGAUCACGGCCGUGAUCGUGAGCACACUCACACUCGCGCUCGUUCCCAUGAUAGCGAUCAUAGUAGGGAAAGACAACGAAAAAAUAAGGAUCGUCAUAGGGACAAGUCGAGAUCGCGUAAACGUAGUCGAAGUCACUCUCGCAGUCGCAGUCACAGCAGAGAGAAGCGACACAAAAGUUAUCAUAAAGAUGAAAAACGAGAGAAAGAGGAGCGUGAACGUGAACGUGAUAAGGAUAAAUACAAAGAAAAAGAACGUGAACGUGAUCGUGAUGCUCGCCAACAAAAAGAUGAAUACGAUAAUAAGUCGUUAGAGAAAGUUGCAAUGUCAAAUUCACCUAUAACAGUGAACUCGAAUAAGAGCAGUACCAUAAGUAGCAGUAAAGACAAGAGUAGUUCCAAAAAGACAAACACUCCGAAGUCAGUAGAAGUCUAUAGUUUAAUCGAUCAAAUACUAGAAUCCACAAAAACUGUUGAGGAGGCGGCAAACCUAAUAAGCGAAAAAGAAAAGUCAAAAGAGAAGGAUAAACACAAGAGAGAGGUUAUCAGACAAACCGCCACACCACCUUUGCCUACAUCAACGGCAAUUAAGUUUGCAACUGAACCCAAACAGUCAACGUCAAGUGGACACAUAAGCGAUGAUCAAGAGCCAAGUAGCACCGUAACCAUAGCGACACCACCACAAGAUCCAUACAUUCGUUAUACAGAUAUUGAUUCCCCAACAUUAAGUGGAAAUUUAACCUCCGCCGUACUUUGGAGCGGCAACAUUAAUAUGGUGGACGUCGCCUCUUUCCAGAUUGUGCUGCAACCGGUUAUAGGAAACUCCCUAAAUCUGGGCACCUUGCUACCUGAAGAAUUGGACGUCGUCGGGCGAAUAGGACCUGAAACUGUGUGGGAAUACAUUUCGAAAAUCAAACGAAGUCCGAACAAGGAAAUCGUUAUUAUUCGUUUAAUUCCUGGUUCAGAGAUGGAAACAGCUGCUUACACCGUGCUAUUUCAAUAUCUUGAAAAUAGAAAUCGAUUGGGCGUCAUCAAUAGCGUGUCACCACAAAUAAAGGACUUUUAUAUAUAUCCAUUGGGAGCAGGAAAGCCAAUGCCUCCAGUAUUAUUGCCAGCAGAAAAAGUUGAUUUUUAUGAAGAUCCAUACAGACCCGACAUCUUAGUAGGUGUAGUGGUUAGGAUUAUUGGUAAACGUCAUUCAGCAUUACCUAACAGUGGUCCAACUACUUUAACAUCAAAAUCACAUCGCCGCGGAGUUGACACGGACACUUUUACACCGCCUGGCAGUCCGAAAAGAAAACGCCGAAUGCAUGCAUCAACGCCGAAAGUUGACGAAAUUGACGUGGACGCUAUAAUAAAGGCACCGAUCAUUACAAAAUCGCAUAAAACAGGUUCUCUACCGCCAACGACUAUCACAGACGAUGAUGAUGAGCCGUACUCACCUGGUGGAAGUUCUGAUGAUGAUGCACUUAUAACACCUAAAAUGACGCCAAGAUCGGAUGAAGAUGACUUGAAACGUAAAAUGGACGAACUGAAUCGACAAAUUGCCGCACAAGAAAAGGAAAUUGCUGGUCUACUCAAUGUGGAGUCCUCGUGUUUUGCUUCCACUUCGGCUACUAAGACUUCGGCAGUUUUAGCAAAUAUAUCUAUACCCUCAAAUCUUUCUCAGAUAUUGGCCAGUAUAAAGAGCAAGCCAGACAGCAAUCAAACGCAUUUCUCCACAACCACACUACAGUCAAAAUCAACCUUGAUUCAAACUGGAAGAAAGAGUCAUAGUAACAUGCUUGACGAGGAGGAGUACAAUCCUGAGUUAGUUACAUUUGACACAAGUGCCAAGCCAGCGGAAAAACCUUCCAGUCGCUUAGCUCAGUUAAGCGAGGCGGAACUUUUGAGUAUGGUUCCUGAUGGAAUGAUAGAUACGCCACCGCCACAAAAGUCUCAUUCAUCACAUUAUGAGGAGCCUCCGCCACCCGGCGUCUAAAUUCUACGCCACAUUAAACUGUACAUUUACUAACGUAAUUAAUGCGUAUCUUACGCUUUGUUAUUAUUUAAUAUAAAUUCUUUAAAAUUUAUAAACUUAAGCAUUAGACUAUUUGCACUAGUUUAUGUAUUAAUCAUACAAGUACAUGAAAUUCAUCUGACAUUCAUUCGUGAAGUUUAGAAAUUUACACUACUCCUUAGAAUUUCUCAGCGGUUUUGAGUAAACAAAAAUCGGAAACAACAUUUGCUAGGCAAAAGUAAUACGAACGAGUCAAUGAAAAAAUGUGGUUGAAAUUAGACCUUAGGUCUUUAGUUUUCCGUACAGGGUUAUGCAUAUAUAUAUAUUUACUUUAUGGGAAUGUAGCUCGCGUGAAGUUUUUAAGUUACUAACUAUUUAGUAAUGCAAGUCGAAAGUUUACGUACUUCACAGGUCAGUGUACAAUGUGGAACAUGUAUUUUUAUAUAAUGUGUUCUCACAUUUACCGUAAUUAUAAUAUUCACUUAUAUUGUAUUAUAAAAAAAGUCUGCUUGUAAAAUAAAAAUAAGGCAGAAGCUACAAAUAUAA